AUGACAUAUCGUAAGCUUUAUCAAAGCUUAUACGAUGCACAUGCUAUUUCUUCUUUUCACUUGAAACCACUACAGCCCUCAUAUCCCAAAUGGUAUGACGCAAACGCCAGAUGCGAAUAUCAUGCUGGAAUACCGGGGCUUUUGAUCAAAAACUGUACCAGUUUUAAGAAGGCCGUAGAGAGGCUUAUUAAGAUGGGGGUAGUGAAGUUCAACAAUACCCCUAACACUGAAAAUUCAUUGCCAAAUCAUAGCGAUCAAGGAGUGAAUGCCAUUAGCGAAGCCAGUGAGAGAGGAAUAAAGAAAGAUGUUGCUGAGGUGAGGAUGCCUAUAAAGGUGAUGAUGCCUAUGAAGGUGAUUUGGGAGGAGAUGGUGACGAGAGGUAUGUUAACCUCUAAAAUGAGAGAAGAGAAACAAGGAACUAUGGUGAGUUCCAUGAGAAAGAAGGUCAUGAAGUUCAAGAUUGUGAAAAAUUCAAAGCCUUGGUGCAGGGCUUUAUGGACAACAAAGAGCUACAAAUUCUUGAAGGUAGCUCUUGCGAAAAACAAUGUGACAGUGCCGGAGGAGGAGAAUAUAGCCAGUACGUCUAAAGAUGUACAAGUUGAGGGUUCCCACACACAGAGUGGGAAGCGGUAUGAUACGGUGAGCGUCAGAGAGGAGCCCACAAAAUCAAAGAAUGUUAGUGCGGAGAAGGAGAAAGUGGUUGAAUUACCUGUUAAGGAUCCAGUAAAAGAUGUGGAGGCUAAGGAAUUUCUGAAGUUCCUUAACCAUAGCGAGUAUAGUAUGGUUAAGCAGUUGCGUAGGCAGCCGGCUCGCAUAUCAGUAUUGGUUCUACUUCUGAGUUCUGAGGUGCAUCGGAAUGCAUUGCUAAGGGUGCUCAACGAAACCUAUGUCACCCAUGACAUAUCUGUUAACAAGAUGGACCGGUUGGUGAAUAACGGGGUAGGGGGCAGGGGGUCAACAAAGGCCUUGCACAUCACCACUCGAUGCAAGGGGUACACACUCCCAAGCGUGUUCGUCGAUAAUGGAUCGGCUUUGAAUGUUCUACUGUUGUCUACAUUGAACAUAUUACCCAUUGACGGUUCUCACAUGAAGACAUGUCAAAAUGUGGUAAGAGCCUUCGAUGGUACAGAAAGGAAGGUGAUAGGAAGGAUUGACAUCCCUUUGGAAAUUGGGCUGAGUAUAUACGAAGUAGACAUCUUGGUGAUGGAUAUCAAGCCCUCCUACAAUGGCUUAUUAGGGAGGCCAUGGAUACACUUAGCGGGAGCGGUGCCUUCAUUAUUGCACCAAAAAUUAAAGUUAGUGACGAAUAGACGGUUAGUAACCAUCAAUACAGAGGAGGACAUUAUAGCCACAGUCACUAGAAAGGCCCCUUAUGUCGAGACAAACAAAGAGUUUAUUGAGUGUUCCUUUCGCUCUUUAGAAUUUGUGAAUGCAACCUUCAUUUCAGAAGGGAGUGAGCCACCGGUGCCAAAGAUAGCAAGAGCCAUGAGGAUUGCUCUACAAAUGAUGGUGGGAAAGGGAGCCUUACCAGGAAGAGGGUUAGAAAAAUACCUACAAGGAGGGACUCAAAUCCCAGAACUGAAAGAGAAGAAAGAUCGCUCUGGUCUAGGCUUUAAGCCAGACUAUAAGAAAAGUAGGAAGGAAGUUGAGAAGCGCCAAGAGGGAAGAAGGACGCGCCUUAAUGGAAAAGAAGUGGAGUGGGAGCCGAUGACAUUCCCUCCAAUAUCCCAAGCCUUUAUAUCAGGAGGGUUACUUAUAGAAGAAAGUCAUCAGAUUAACGCCAUACAUGAUGACGAAUUGGACCAAGGAAACCUUUAG